GUGAAGGACGGAGAGGAAAGUCUGCCGUUCUUCAGCGAGAGCCUCCACUUAUCCUUGAGAGCGAAAGAGACGAAAGACAAAGAGCGGACAUUGCUGUCCUGAGAGAUGCUGUUUUUCUUUGCCUGCCGGAGCGAUGCCGUUUCAAAAAGACUAUAUUUGAUUUAAAAACUACGCAAAGCAGCAGAUAUCCACUCGCACCAGCACCGUCAUGGAGGCCUUCUUCAAGGGACAUCCAAACAUCACGUCUGAGUCCCCCGUCAACAGCAGCCUCCGUCCUCUGGGGGUGCCGUACCUGAAGAGGCUGGCGCACCUGGACGAGUCGCUGUACCAGGAGUUCUCUGUGCUGUGGAUCGCGCUGAUGGUGGUGAACUCGCUCAUGUUUGUGGUCGGCGUGGUCCUGAACAGCCUGGCCCUGUACGUGUUCUGCCAGCGCAGCCGCUCUCGGAGCACGCCGGCCAUUUACACUAUAAACCUGGCGGUGGCCGACCUGCUGGUGGCGCUGUCGCUCCCGGCCCGCGUGGCGCUCUACCACAGCGGCGGCGACUGCGCGGCGUGCUUCUACGUGCACACGUUCAGCUACUUCGUCAACAUGUACUGCAGCAUUUUGUUUCUCACCAGCAUCUGCGUGGACCGCUACAUGGCGGUGGUGCGUUCGGCGGGAAGCCGCUGGCGGAGCCCGGGGGUCGCGAUAAGCGUGAGCGUUUGCGUGUGGCUGUUCGCCGUCGUGGUCACGUACUCCCUCCAGACGUCGGCGCUGGAGUUUAACGGAGCGUCUUGCUGCCGCGUCGCCGUGCUUUUCGCGCUCACCGUUCUGGAGUUCGUCCUGCCGCUGCUGGUGAUCGCGACGUUUACGAUCCGCGCGGCCUGUGCGCUGGCGGACGGCCGGCUCCUGCCGCAGAGUCUGGGGCGGCGUGCUCGCGCCGUCCGGCUGCUCGUCGCCGUGUUGCUAGUGUUCACCGUCUGCUUCACGCCGUAUCACGUGCGCGAGGCCGUGGUGUACUUCCAGCUAGGGGGCAGCAGAGAGCAGCACGUCGUGGCGUAUCACGCGACCAUCACGCUCAGCAGUCUCAACAGCUGCCUGGAUCCCGUGGUCUACUGCUUCGUGCCCGACAGCUUCCGCUCUACAUUGCGGAGAGAACAGAAGAAGAGGUCCGGAGAGCAUCCGGUGGCCAUCAAGGAAAACCGGAAAGGCAAAGCUGCAGGAACGCCGACGGCCAUCGCGUACAGAGUCGCAACGCUCACGCUCACACCCUACAUGCUGCAAAACAGAGACAUCCCCGCCUUAAAUACAACACACAGAAACAUAGAAAUCUUUAGCGCUGAGAAAUGAAAACUAACAAUCACACACACAUAAUGGUACACAAAUAUAGUGCUUCGGCACUUAUCCAGGUUACAUUUAGGCCUAACAGCUUAAACCAAACUUUUUUGUUAAUUAAUUACUAUUUAUUUGUUUAAUAUUUUAUUUUUUAAAAUCGAUUGAUGAUCAACGCUCAACUUCAACAAAUAACAUUUCUAGGUAUUAAACACAUACCAAAAAUGCUUACCAGACCAAAAGACCCAUACCUAAACAGUUCGGUAGGAUUACGUGUACCGUUGCACCCCUAAUAUACAUGAUUCUUUAAGGUUCUUUAUGGUUCCACAUUCUAUUCAAUAGAGUUUUUUUACAUUAUUGUUAUUAUUUUUCUUUCUUAGAACUUAUAUAACUUAUAUAUAUAAUGAAAAUUGGCUUUGAAUGAAAAAAUCCUGCAAAAUUGUAUAUAGUUAUUGUCUCUAAAAAGAAAGAGUUGACCCUGAAUCAUUAAAACAAGUAAGUCCCAAGCCGUUUGAUGUUGACCUCAACAUGAAACAGUAGCAUACUGCCGUCUACUUGUUGGUCUUUUCGCACUGGUCUGAAUGAAAAUGCAAUUACAUUCUUGAACACUAGGUGCUGCUUUUCCCCGGUAACGCUGUAACCAAAGCAGCACUGCUCUCAAACACUGCUUUAUGAGGGACUGCAGGCGUGAUGAGAUCACUGCAGAUUAGCGUCACGCAAAGGAGGGGUUAAUAUUAAUGUAUAUUUUAAGACAAUGAAAGUGGUUGUUGGAGACUCCCAAAACCAAAAUAUAGGGGCCCUUUCAAGAAAGUGUGGAGCUGUUUUAAAUGUUUCUCAACCCGGGACCUGGACCCACUCAGGGUCUUAAGAGUCAAGAUGACUUACAAUCAUGAAAAAAAAUCAACACAAAAUGCUUUUAAAAAAUGUAUUUAUUGUUUUCAUAUGGUGUCAGUGAAGGAGAAACACUGCUCUAAAGUGUCUGACGAGAUCAGGUUUUUCAAACCACGUUAACCACGUUAUUUUUAUACCAUUGUAUUGUCGCUGUAUUCAAACGAAUGACUUUAUUUAUAACAAAUAUUAAUUGAAAUCUCUUCUGAGCACCUCUGAAACACCUCUGAGCGUGAUUCUCCGACAUAUUUUCCCUGCUCCUAACAAAUAUAAUGUGUGUCAUCAGACAGAGAAGCCGUGGCUCUACGUAGCGUCUCAAUGGCAGAGGUCUGGUGAAUGAUGGGCUCUCAUACCCUACACGGAGCUCUCGUCCAACAGGUUUAUUUUACUCCACACGUGAUUUAACACACUUACAGAGACCUGCACACGACCAAAUCCUCUUUACACAUAAACACAAACCUCUUUUUAGGAUUUGUUUAAAGCGCUUGUGGAUUUCUGUCAAAACAAAUGGGUUCAAUG